CCUUCAAAAAUGGCGUCUCCGGAGGAAAAUUAGAAAAAGAUAUUAAAACGCGGCCUGUUUUCUUCACACUUUCUCGUUCGGUGUCGGUGUUUAUUCGCACUCCCGCUCGCGGGCUUAUUUUGUCGUCGUUUUUUUUUUAUAGGUAGUACUUGAAUGGCUAAAGAGCAGAAAUCAGACGAGCGAGCAUUUGGGGAAAUAAAGGCAGCCCUGUUUUAUUUUGAUGCGUCGUUACUGACAGCUAGCAUCCGCUGCUAGCCCCGCAGCUCCGCUCCGGAGGGGGGUGGGAACCGUUUACAGUCAAAGAAGAAGGGUAAAAUAAAGGAAAGAUACUUUGAUAUUGGGGUUUUCUUCGCUCGUCCGCGGGGAGAGAUUCGCUUCUACCGACGCGGCCCCGUUGACUGCGAUCUUUUUUCCGCUGCUAGCAUCGUAGCAGAGGCUAGCCGAAAGAAAGGGGAGGAGAGACGGAGAAAAGGACGCAUUCAAAUCAAAUGUUUAUCAGCGAUCCGUCCGCCAGCAGCCAGAUCCAGCGGCUCCUUCAUCAUGACUGAUUUUGGAUUAAACCCGCAUUCGAGGACAUGAUAAAUGUGAAAAGUGUUGGAAACGUGAGAAAGACUGGCUCUUUUUUUUUUUUUUUUUUUUGCUGGUAGUUGGAUUAUAACCCCGUAGACCCCCCUCUUUUUUUUUCAUCCAGUUUUCUCCUCCUCCCCUCCAUUUCUCUUUCAAUAUGCUGUUUUCCACUCCUGAGGACUUGCUUAUGAAACCGGGGGAAAUAGCCUGAAACCGAGAACUGGAAAGACUGGAUUUUUUCCCCGUAAUCUGCGCUGCGACGCGCUCGUCGCUUUCGUCCUCAUCGCGCCGCAUCGCAGCCUCAUAAAUGGAUAGAAAUUACCCGGGAACAGGAUUUGGUGAUUUGGGCGCAGGAGCAGGAUGGAGUUACGAGAGAUCGGCAAAAGCAAGUCUUGUAUAUGGGAGUUCCAGAUCAUCCCACCCUGAGUCUGAGCUCCUUCACAGACAAGCCUAUGCCACCCCACACCCUCUGCAGGGCUAUGCCACCAAUCACCACCCAGGGAGCUCUGGCCAAGGCGGGGCUUGGGGAGCAGCUGGACGGAGUUUGGGUCUGUCUGGACUCUUUGACACUGGCCUCCACCAUGCCAGCCCAUCUGCUCCUGAUGCCUCCGUCAUGAAUCUGAUCUCAGCCCUGGAGUCUCGAGGUCCCCAGCCUCCACCCUCGGCCUCCUCCCUACUUUCCCAGUUCCGCACGCCGUCCUGGCAGACAGCGAUGCAUACACCUGCUCCCCCUGAACUCUUCAUCUCUGGAGCCCUUCCUGGCUCUGGCUCCUUCCCCUCCUCUUCAGCUCUCUCAGCCUAUCAGCAUCCAGCAUCCUUCUCUAGCCGCUCUUUCCCUACAUCCUCUCUUUCCCUGCAGGACACGCCCACGUUUAGUCCCACAUCCAAUGGCCUGCUCUCCCCACACGACCCCCUGUUGCAUAUCAAGGCCCCUUCCCAGUCUAGCCUGGGUUUUGAUAGACUCCUGUCCUCGCAGGGUGCCGCAGCCGCUGCCUAUAGGGGCAGCCAGGAUCCCUCGAGUGCGGCAUCGGCCCAGUCGUCCUCUGCCAGGCACCUGCAGUCGCACCAGUUCAACCUGCUGUCAUCACAGCUCCAGGACCAGUCGUCCCAGCUGUACAACGCGUCAGUCUUUUCCUCAGCCCAGCCUCCGACCCAAUCCCAGUCCAAUUCGGCUCAGGAGCGGGCUGUUCCUCGGCAGGACAGCGUCAUCAAGCACUACCAGCGUCCCACGCCAGCUCAGUCCCAGCUCUCGUCCUCUGCUGCCCACUCCCUUCAGCACUACCUCAGCUGUGGGGGGGCGGGGUACCAGCAGAUUGCCAACCACCACAGGCACGCGGGCCUUUCCUGCAGCCCACUGGGCGAUCAGAGCCCCUCAUCCGACCAAAAGCCUCCCUCUCGCACUGAGCAGUAUCGGCCAAUCAUCCAGCCUCCCUAUUCCUCCUCCUCCUCUUCCUCGUCGUCUUCUUCAGCUGGGAAAGGUACAAAAAGCAGCUCCAGCAGCGGCUAUUCUUCUGCCAGUUCGGCAUCAUCCUCAAGAACUCCCCACACUCCCCCUUCAGCUUCCACUACCUCUUCUUCCGCCUCCACUUCAUCUGCCACCUCUGGCGCUCACCCUUCCAACUCAAUCCCCGCCCCCAGCUCCAGCGCAGCCCCUUCAAGGCAGCAGCCACCCCCUCAACCAGCCCCUCCCCCCCCUGCCCCGCAGCAGCAGCCCCCUGCCGCCUCCACGUCGGCCCCGCAGUCUCUCCCCAAAUCCUGCCUCUCCGGCUAUGGUUCUCCUGUUCCCCCAGUGAAGACGCCCACCUCUGCUCUCACUGGUCAGACCCCACCCCAACAACAGACACAGUCAUAUUCCCCUAAUCAGGCCCCUCCUUCCCACCUGGCUCAGUCCUACAGCGGCUUUAGUUCACCACAAGCCCAAGACCUGAGCUCAGGUACAGGUGGAAAAGGCUAUGGGAGUUUAGGAGGGCGGAGCCAGUCAUACCCCACCGAUAUAUACGGAGCUGACUCUGCUUAUGGAUCGCUCCCAUCCGCUCUGGGUGGAGCUGGAAGCCCGUCGCUAGGCUACGGAGCCCCAGGUCACUCCCCUGCCCUUUUGAGGUCGAGCGGUUCAUCGGGCAGCGGCGCGUCUGGGGGAGGAAGCGGUGGCGGCACAGGGAGUGGGAACUCCGGGUCAGGAGGAGGAGCCGGAAAUAGUAUGACUAAUGAGAGAGGUGAAGGUGGGAGUGGUGGAGGGUCUUAUCAUAUCCCAGAAUCAAGCCCCUCUCCAUCAGGCAACUCGGGCAUCACCCGUCCAGGGUUGCACUCCCCAGUGCCCACCUGCCCCACACAAUCUCCAGGAGGUGCCGGCUCUAAUAAAUACAUCUCCUCGAUUCUCUCCCCCACCUUCCUCGCCUCCCCACAGGGCUACCCUGACACCAGAGGCCCCAGCUCCCAAUCUCAGUCCUAUCAUUCCACCUCCUCCAAAACAAAGGACACUUCCAUGCUCGGAGUGGGCUCUCAGAGAUCUCAAGAGGAAGUAGAUGACGACGACGAGUUCUUGAUCCAGCACCUGCUUCAAGCGCAAGCAAGUCCCGGACCCCAGGCUGCUCAUCACCAUCCUCCACAACAACCCCAACAGACGUCUCAACAAACGCAGCCUCAGCCCCAGUCAGUGCCCCCGACCACUGAUUCAGGCAAAGGGCUGAGCUAUGACAUAGCUAAGAGCUCCGAGGAGAGGUACCACCCCCAGAGUGUCAUACGCACCCACAGUGCCACAUCUACUGGUAAUGCAGGGUCUGGAGGGGCCAUCUCAGGGCUGGAAAACCAGCUGGAGAUGUCACUAAAGAAACAACAACAGCAACAACAUCAACAACAACACCAUCAACAGCAGCAGCAGCAAAGAAACGAGAGGUCUGUUGGGAGCAGCGGGGGAAGAGACAGCGCUGAACAAGUGCACUCCCACCUCCAUCACCAUGACAACCUGGGCUCGGUAGUCCACUAUGGACGAGGUGACCCGUACAGUCAACACUCCCUUGCUCCUCAGCACUCCUCACACAGUCAGCAUGUGUCCUCGCACUCCCAGAUACCAUCGCACACUCAAAUGGAGCUCCAGAAGAAGCCGCAAGAGCGGGCCGAAAUCCCGUAUUCCCGGAAAACACCGGAAGUCCAGCAACAGCAUUCCCAGUCUCAAGCUGCCGGCUCCCUCAUGGACUCCCCCACCGAUCAGUCGCGUCAGCCACCACACCUGCUCCAGUCCGUGCUGUCGCAUACCACCCGCAACAAACUGGAGCAGCACCACAAGAUGGAUUCUCAUCAACCGCAGCACCACAAGAUGGACUCUCAUCAGCCACAUCAGCAACACCCAAAAAUGGACUCCCACCCUCAGCUCCAACAGCACCAUAAAAUGGACUCUCAUCCCCAACAGCAGCAGCACUCUAUUAGCCAGCAGCAAGCCGUCAUGGAAAGUGGAGGCGGGACACUUGGCUCAAGUAAACAUCAGAGUCAGUCCCAGUCCCAAACCACCCAGCUCCAGCUUCAACUCCAGUCCCAGGCCUUGGAGGUGGCAGCGGCUCACUACAACCACGGCCCCCCGUCGCAUCAACACGAGCAGAGCCAGGUGAAACAAAGCUCCGUGGCGUCCUCUUUGGACAUGCUGGAGCGCUCCCUUUCUCAGACCUCCAGCACAGACGUAGCUGUCGCAGAGGACCGGCGUGGCGGACCCGGCAGCGUUGGAAGGAGCGGAGGUAGCGGUGAGCGCCACAGACAGCAGCAGCUCCCGUCCCACCAUCACACACAGCAACACUCCGCCUCCGAGCUCCACUCCUUUCUCUCUGAGCCCGAUAUCGACUUAUCCACCCCGCCUCACAUGCACCAUCUUUCACAGCACCACCCCCAGCAGCAGCACCCCAGCACUCAACAUCAACAAAGCCACUCUCACCACCCUCACCAGCAACCCCAGUCUGACCAGCAGCAGCCGCUGUCAUCCCAGCUCACCCCUCAGCAGAGCCAGCUGGACCAACAGCGCUCUGAGCAGCACCAGUUUGACACCGUCAGCCCGGUGGAGAAAUCAGACCAGAAUCAACAAAGUAACCGCUUUGUCCCCCUAACUUCUAUCUGCUUCCCGGACUCCCUCCUUCAGGAUGAGGACCGCUCCUUUUUUCCAGGAAUGGAGGACAUGUUUUGUGCAGAGGACUACAAGUCGAGCUGCGCUGGAGGGGCGGGACCAGGACAGGAGGAGAUGAACGACAGCCACGCCGGACAAGAGGGAAUGGAUUCCAUGAAAGCCGGACAGGGCGGAGGCGGAGCAGGGGGAAGUGGAGGCGCCAACUAUGACAUCAUGGGUCACCACGGUGGGGAUCAAGGUUAUGAACCCUACUGUCAUGGCAUGGGAGAACCCAACAACAACACCAUGACUCUGGACCUCGACUCCCUGAAAACCCACGAGCUCCCUUCCACUGUGAACACUGAACAGCUUGGACUCAUCCAGUCCCAGGCCCCAGCGAUGGGUAUGGGUCCCAAUCCUGCUGGAGCCAAACUGUCCUCUGGGCCUGGAGGUACUAGCCAAGGAGCUGGUUCUGGAGGCCUCCAAUCUCCCAUUUUCUGCUCCUCUCGUCCCAAGAAGCUCCUCAAGUCUAGCUCUUUCCACCUGUUAAAGGAGCGUCGGGACCCCAACACACUGCCUAAAAAAAGUUACGCUCAAGAAUAUGAGUUCGAAGACGAUGAGGAUAAAGCCGACCAGCCGGCGGACAUUCGGUUGAACAGCCGGAGGCUCCCAGACCUUUUGCCAGACUUGGUGUCCAGCUGCAGAAAGGGAGCAGGAGGAGGAGCAGGAGGAGGAGCAGGAGGAGGAGCAGGAGGAGAAGGAGGAGGCUCUCUCAGCCCUUUAAUGGGUGACAUUGACUUCUACCACGCCUCUGGUUACUCCUCAAUGGGUUCACACUCUCUUCCGCCUCAGGAUGGACCCAAGAAGAGGGGCCGAAAGCCCACUAGACCCAAGAGAGACGGGCCACCGAGGCCAAGAGGCAGGCCUCGCAUCCGCCCGAUGCCGGAGCCCUACACGCCACGAGGCAUGAUAGGCGAGAUGAGCGCGACGACAGCAGGAGGGGGAUUCAGCGUGGAGGGACGAGGUCGGGGUAGGGGUCGUGGAAGCCGAGGUAGAGGACAAAGGAGGGAGGAUAUGUACAUGGAAAUGAGCGGGAAGGAGCAGGAGCCGAUGCAACAACAUCACCUCCAUCAGCAGCCGCCGCAGCUCCAUCAGCAGCCCCAACAGCAGCUACACGAGCCGAUUCCUCCUCUGAAGAUCAAGUUACCCAUCGGUACCCUGUCCUCCUCCGACGCCCUGCUGAGGACGGACUCUUUGUCCGGCACGGACCCGGCUCUGUCUGACGGCUCGGUGGGCUCCGCCCCCUCACUCGGUUUAAGUCCCGGACCCCCCUGCAGCACUGAAAGCAACAGAAGUCAGGAAAAGAACAAGCAGAAAAUCCACAUGAGUGAAGGAGUUGAUGAUGAGGGGCUGGAGGACAGGGGCGACGAGAAAGACUCCGAGUCCAAGGCCGGCUUCGUCGCGUCGUUCUUGGACUUCCUGAAGACGGGGAAGAGACCUCCAGGCUUGGACAUCUCUCCAGGAAUGGAACCGGACAAUGGGGAGACCUUCCCCUGUAAGGGAGGUCUGCGCCCGCUGUCUCCCAUGCCUCAUCUUUCAUUGCCGCCCCUGCCGUUCGGGGACAGCGAGGGGAAUGGGGGUCUGGCUCUGGGCAACUACCCAAAGCGCCUGGAAGACGAGCUGAAGAGGAACCUGGAGACCUUGCCUUCCUUCUCCUCCGAUGAGGAGGACUCGGUCGGAAAGAACCAAGACCUCCAGAAGAGUAUCUCCUCGGCCAUUUCUGCCUUGUAUGACACUCCUCAGCUGACCUCGGACAUCCAGACCCCGCUCCCCCCCACACCUCCCCAGCAUCAGCCUCCUCAGUCCCCACUUACUCCUUCACUGCAGCCCCCCAUACUGAGCCCACAGCCUCCCAUGCACACGCCUCACGACCUGCCCGAGUCCAACGAGCCGGACGUCCUCCAGCCAGAAGAGGGAGACGUGGAUGAGAACAAAGACGAGGAGAACGAAGAGGAGAGGAGCGUAGGAGGGGAUGAAGAGAGCGAUAUGACAGAGGAGAGAGAGCCACAGCUGGAAACCCUCUGUGCCCCCAUUCUCGAUGCGUGCCUCCCCGAGAUUCCUCCAGAGCCAGAAACUCCUGAAGCUCCCUCCGCCCCCCCUUCUCCCGCCUCAUCUUGCUCUCCUUCUCACUCCCCCCUCCCCCCCCUCUCACUCCCCUCAUCCCCGCCUCAACCAGAGGAACAACGGGAGACUUUCCAGCCUGUAAGCCCCGUCACUCCCACAUGCCCGUCUCUGCCACCUCCCCCACCCACUACUCUCCCUCAGCCGGCUUCCCCUCCUCCUUCAACUUCCCCUCCCCCACCAUCUUCAAUUCAGAAGGAGUCUCCCGUGCCAUCUCCAGAGUCCCCCGCCUCUCCCGAGGAGCCCCCAGCUCCGAAGAUCAACUCCCUGCACCUUGCCCAGAAGCAAGAAGAUGCGGCCAUUGCUGGAGAGAGCGAGGAGGAUGAGAGCGAGAGCGGAGGCGAGGGCAUCUUCAGAGAACGGGACGAGUUCGUGGUGCGGGUGGAGGACAUUCGAACUCUCAAGCUGGCCUUGCAGACGGGCCGUGAGCCGCCUCCCAUCUGGAGGGUGCAGAAAGCGCUGCUGCAGAAGUUCAGCCCAGAGAUCAAAGAUGGACAGAGACAGUUCUGCGCCACAAGCAACUAUCUUGGCUACUUUGGAGAUGCCAAGAGGCGAUACCAGCGGAUCUAUGUCAAGUUUCUGGAGAACGUCAGCAAGAAGGACUAUGUCAGGGUCUGCUCUCGGAGGCCUUGGCGCAGAGCCACACCUGCUCUAAGACGUCAGUCCCUCUCCAGAAUGGCCUCCCCUCCCGCCGCCCAGGUGCCAGCGAGAGUCGAGAAAGAGGAGCGAGUGGCGCCGCCAGUCCAGCGUGAGCAGAGGGAGAAAACCAGAACGGCAACCGCUAAAGAACAACGGGAGAAAAAAGAGGUUCCGGCCGCUCUGCCGAAAGCAAAGGAGAAGGAGAAGGAGCCUGAGAAGGAGAGGGAGAAGGAGCUCGAGAAGGAGAGGGAGAAGGAGAGGGAGAAGGAGAAGGAGCCCGAGAAGGAGAAGGAGAGGGAGAAGGAGAAGGAGCCCGAGAAGGAGAAGCGAGUGCAGCCGCCGCCGGACAAAGUGGAGAAACGCGUCGCUGCCGAACGAGGUCGCGCAAAGGAGGAGAAGAAAGCAGUGGAGCGGAAGGAGAAGGAGAAGGCUGAGCGCCAACCCAAGGCCAAGCCGGCCAAAGUGAAGGCGGAGCCACCGCCAAAGAAGAGGAAGAGGUGGCUGAAGGAAAUACCUUCGUCAUCUGACUCUGACUCAUCGGAGGAGGCAGUGAGCGAGAAUGAAAUGCCGGUGAAAGGCGGAGUGAACAACCGCGCCAUGAGGGAGAUGUUCAGGAGCUACGUGGAGAUGCUGGUCAGCACGGCGCUGGACCCCGACAUGAUCCAAGCCCUGGAGGACACCGACGAUGAGCUUUACCUGCCCCCGAUGAGGAAGAUCGACAGCAUCAUCAGCGAGCAGAAGAGGAGGCUGCUGAGGAGAGUCAGCAUGAGCUCUCAGCACCAGGAGUUCCUGCAUGCUUACCCCCAGAUCAUCGUCGACCCCCUGGACUCUGGCCUGGUCCGGGUGCGCCUCAACGGGGAUGCUUACAACCGGAAGACCCUCAACAGAGUCAAAAAGACCCUGCCUAAACCACAGGACCUUAAACUGUCAGCAGAGACGUACCGGAUCUACAGUCUGUUCCACUCCCUGCAUCACUAUAAAUACCACACCUUCUUACAGUGCAAGAAAGAGACCAACACCAUCGAGCAGGCGGCCGAGGACCCGGGCCAAGAGGAGGUGGUGCAGCAGUGCAUGGCCAACCAGAGCUGGCUGGACACCCUCUUCAGCUCCUUCAUCGAGCUGCUCACGCUCAGCACCAACGCCUGAGGGGACCGCAGAGAGAGAGAGAGAGAGAGAGCAUUCAUUAAAGCAAGAGGAUUUAAAAAAACAAAAUGAAGACGCAAAGAGACGGAUCCUACUGUACAGCCCCCCCGACCCGCUUCAAGUCUCUAAGAUCUGAGGAUGAAUUUUUCAGGCCCUCGGCGAACGCGAGGUCUAUUCACGUGACCUCGGACACUGGCCUCUGUUCUUUUUCUUGUUGUUGAUCACUGACUAAAGAAAUGUCUUACUUUUGUAAGGGGGGGCGGAGCCUACCGGAUCAGGGGUCACUGGCGGGGGUCAAGAGGGAGCUGACCGCCGUGGAAAAAGGGAGCGACGCCAAGUGGAAGGACGAAGAAGAGGAGCCGCGACGCCAAGUCAACGAAGCAGCCGCCGACAUCUCGCCAACUGUGUGUCGUGAAGAAAAUAGUUCAAAGAGAAGCGAUUACCACUUAGUUUUUACAUAAAUUAUUUUUUUGAAGACUAACAUCAGCUGUUGGCUUUUGAAAAGAGUGGAAGAGGGUGAGAAUGCUUUUUAAACUGCGUGUAGAGUGAACACUGAUGGAAACAUGAAAUGUGUCGUUCAACGCUCUCUCUCUCAUCCCGCUAUGUGAAGGGCGGCACCGGUCAGCUGUGUGAUAAUAUAUAAACACAUUUUUAUUAUUUAUAUGAGGAGGUUUUUAACUUAAACUCUCACCGGCGCUGGCUUGCUGCCCUAACAUUUUAAAAUCCUUUUUAUUUUCCACAGGAUCAGUAUACAGUCGUUACCCACAUAUCCAAGCCGUCUUCCCCUCUAUUCAAAGAACAGACGUCGAGACAGAAAUAUUGUAUCAAAUACAGUGGGUGUAAUAAAGUAACGGAGAGAAAUAAGUCAGAAAAGUAAUAAAAAAAGAAGAGAAUGGGGGGAAAUCUAUUUGAAACUUAACAUUGUUGUGCUUCAGUUCAAUCAUCCGUCAUGCAGGUGCAAAGAAAAAGAAGUAAACUUUCCAUUUCCCAUGUGGGAAGGAGUAUAAAUAAGUAAUAUUUAAAGAGGAAAUAGUCAUUUCAUUUUUAUCAUUUUGAUGUUUGUGCAUACUAUGACUUAUUUUGAAAACAAUCUAAUUUUCCAUUAAAAAAAGGGAAAAAAGGCUUGUAAAUAUUGUACAGUUCUUGAUGAAAUUCUUUGUCCUUCUGUACAUUAACUCCUGUAUUUGAGAAACAAAUAAAAUCUGCAAAGAACAAAUGGUGUUACGUUU